AUGAUAAUAGGUAUUAUUAGUUUUACUCUAACAAAUUGUGCUAAUUGGUUAUCUGCUUGUGUUGUGAAUAAUGUAUUAUAUAAUAUUCACUUUGUAAUUAAAAUUAGUGCUUACUGGCUGAAUUACAUUAUAAUCAUCAUGUUCUUGUUAUUAUUAUUCAACAAAUUAUGCAUAUACAUCUUCAAAUUUAUAAUGCUAUUGGAAUGGAUUUAAUUGUAUAAAUAUGACAUGUACAACAACUCAAGGAAUUACAGAUUUCGAUCACUCCUCUUGUUAUGCAUGGAUGAAUUCAUGUACAGUAAAUAGACCAACUAUUUGUUAAGAUAAACCAAAUAAUUGAACUGA